GCUUUUCAUUUGCUUACCGACUCCAUGGUCAAACACUCUUUGAUCCUAUUAAAAUGGGUCGCCUUGUCUUUGAUCUACGGAUUUGAUUCCAUUUCACUAAUUAUUUCUUUCCCCUUCUUCGUUUCAGAGAUCGAGUUUCUUCUACUUUCGUAUUCAAUUUUUCGUUGACGAGUUUCCAAGUUUCCCUACAAGAAAAAAAGGAAUUCCUUUUUCUAAAAAAAAAAUAAUUAAGUUUGCCACCGAAGAGAGUUAUUUCCUUGUUCUUGCUUCGUUAUGAGUACUGUGGAAAGUAGCAAGCCGAAGAUCAUCAAUGGUUCUUGCGGUUAUGUUCUGGAAGACGUUCCUCAUCUCAGCGAUUACCUUCCGGGUCUUCCUACUUAUCCUAAUCCCCUGCAAGACAAUCCAGCAUACUCAGUGGUCAAGCAAUACUUUGUUGAUGCUGAUGACAGUGUUCCUCAGAAGAUCGUUGUUCACAAGGACGGUCCAAGAGGAAUUCAUUUUAGACGAGCCGGGCCACGUCAAAAGGUCUACUUUGAAUCUGAUGAAGUGCAUGCAUGCAUAGUUACCUGUGGCGGUCUUUGUCCUGGCCUUAAUACCGUGAUUAGGGAAAUAGUGAGCAGUCUAUCUUAUAUGUAUGGAGUGAAGAGAAUACUGGGAAUAGAUGGUGGAUAUAGAGGCUUCUAUGCUAAGAAUACUGUCUCCUUAGACUCUAAAGCUGUAAAUGAUAUCCAUAAGCGUGGAGGGACUAUCCUCGGGACCUCACGAGGUGGCCACGAUACCGUAAAGAUAGUUGAUAGCAUUCAAGAUCGAGGAAUUAAUCAGGUUUACAUUAUAGGAGGAGAUGGAACACAGAGAGGAGCAUCGGUUAUAUUUGAGGAAAUUAGAAGACGUGGCCUGAAAGUUGCAGUUGUUGGAAUCCCGAAAACAAUCGAUAAUGACAUACCUGUGAUAGACAAAUCUUUUGGGUUUGACACAGCUGUAGAAGAGGCUCAGCGAGCUAUAAACGCAGCGCAUGUGGAAGCCGAGAGUAUGGAGAACGGUAUCGGCGUUGUCAAGCUUAUGGGUCGCUACAGUGGGUUCAUAGCCAUGUACGCUACUCUAGCAAGCAGAGAUGUGGACUGCUGCUUGAUUCCGGAGUCACCAUUUUAUCUGGAAGGAGAAGGCGGACUGUUUGAGUACAUAGAAAAACGGCUCAAGGAGAGUGGUCACAUGGUGCUUGUGAUUGCAGAAGGUGCAGGACAAGAUCUAAUGUCGAAGAGCAUGGAAUCUAUGACUCUCAAGGAUGCAUCUGGUAACAAACUUCUCAAAGAUGUUGGUCUUUGGCUGUCACAAAGCAUCAAGGAUUAUUUUAAUCAGAAGAAGAUGGUGAUGAACCUCAAGUACAUUGAUCCAACAUACAUGAUUCGGGCUGUUCCAAGCAAUGCGUCAGACAAUGUUUAUUGUACACUUCUGGCUCAGAGCGCAGUGCAUGGUGCAAUGGCUGGAUACACUGGCUACGUCAGUGGUCUAGUCAACGGAAGACAAACCUACAUUCCCUUCUACAGAAUAACGGAGAAACAGAACCAUGUGGUGAUUACGGACAGGAUGUGGGCGAGGCUAUUGUCUUCGACGAACCAACCUAGUUUCUUGAGCCCCAAAGAUGUCUCUGAUGAUAAAGAGCAGCCAAUGUCGGCUCUCCUGGACGAUGGCAACUGCAACGGUUCGGUCGAUGUUCCUCCAGUCACCAAAGAGAUCACCAAGUAACACCGAACCUAAAUAUAUGAUGAUGAUAUGUCUUUAUGUUUAGCCUUUAGGUAGUAAAGCAAAUAAUUGGGCUUAUCGGUUUGACCCUUCCCCCAUGGCAUAAGAAAACAUUGUUUUGUUUAGAUGCCUCCUCAUGUUGUAAUUUUCCAUAAUCUACGUUCCAUUUUUACUGAUUCCACUUCUUUCAAUUUAUAUCGA